AUGUCUUUGGUUUCGGACCGGCCAGACGCGGGCCUCCAGCUCGAUUCUAUGACGGAGCGGCCUGAUCGCGUGCCGCAGAACAAAGGCGAAUACUCCAUCGCAUCAAGAGCUUUGGCACUGUCGACGUACUUCUUGAGCGGUGCACUUGCUGUCAACAUCUCCCAAUUCCUCGGCACGCCAUUGUACUUGGUCAACCAGGACUGGUACAAUGCAUGGAUCGCCUUCACCAAGCAGUCCUUCGGGCUGCUGACCAUGACCUUGACGCAGGCAUUUGCGCCUACGAAAGUCAUUGUUUCUGGCGAUGCGUCUGUGCGAGGGCAGAUGCGGGUCUCAGCAGACGGAAACCUGGUUCUGGACUUUCCGAAUCGCCUCGUCUUGAUAGCCAAUCACCAAAUCUAUACCGACUGGCUGUAUCUAUGGUGGAUCGCUUACUGUAAUGGCAUGCACGGACGGCUGUACAUCAUCCUCAAGGAGUCUUUGAAGAAGAUUCCCGUGCUUGGAUGGGGGAUGCAGAUGAGUCAAUUCAUCUUUCUGAAGCGCAACUGGGAGAAGGACAAGCCUCAUAUGGCAGACGCGCUCGCGAAGCUCAACAAGCCGAGUGAGCCGAUGUGGUUGAUGCUGUUCCCCGAAGGCACCAAUCUGGCGCCGAGCACGAGGGAAAAAAGUGCUGCAUGGGCGAAGAAGCAGGGCAUGAAGGACAUGUUCCACACCUUGAUACCGCGAAGCACUGGACUCCAGUUCUGCCUUCAGGAGCUACACGGGACCACCGAAUACCUUUAUGAUUGCACGGUCGCUUACGAAGGUGUUCCUCGUGGUCAGUACGCGCAGGACAUAUUCACUUUAAAGGCUGGCUACCUUGAGGGCCGGCCCCCGAAAAGUGUGCACAUGUACUGGCGAAGGUUCGCCAUCAAGGACAUUCCGUUUCAGAACGAGAAGACAUUCGACUUGUGGCUCAUCGCACGAUGGCGUGAGAAGGACCUGCUUAUGGAGAACUACCUUCGUACAGGCCGCUUUCCAGCGGACAAAGGCACAACGAAGUACACAACUGGGCGAGUGGUCAAGGGCACAGGCCACUCAGAAGUUCAGAUUCGUUCUAGCCACUGGUACGAGUUCUUACAAAUAUUCGCACCAAUGGGUGUCCUUGCCAUGAUUCUCGCGGUCUUCUAUGGUGCUCUUCCAGAAAGCUUCUGGAAGAGCUUCAACAAACAGGCACUGAAGUCGAACACUCAAGAGAUCAAGAAGGCUGGUCAGCAAGCAGGCACACAAGUUGGGACGGCUGCGAAAGCGGCGAGCGGUCUGACUCUGGACGACUUUUUCGACAAGGACAAACAAGAGGAUUCUUUUAAGAAAGGGGCGCUUGCGGUUCAGAGUUGGCUGGGAACACCACAAGCGCAAUCGAUGAUGAACAAAGUCGACUUCGUGAGUCAAUUCGUGCAGGAUCCGGAAAGCGCCGUGAAGGACACAUUGAAAGGCCAACGGAAGGACUUCAUGCAUUCGAUCAAGGAGGAAGAGCUAAAGCGGCAGAGACUGAAUCUACCAAAUUCCGCACAAAACGUCGGUGUCCAGAAGGGCACUUUCUGGAAGGACCUCGACCGGCUCGACAAUAGCCGGCAUGGCUCUGUGGUGUCGUCGGUACCACCCUCCGGCAAACCGACUGGAACAUUCUACGACAAGCUCCAGGCUGCCGAGCAGAAGAAGGCACGGGGGCUUGGGUACGACGCUCGUGGAACUUUCUGGGACAAGAUGAAAACCGAGGAGAAUACGCGUUCCGGCACUGUACGAACGAUAUCGAGCGGCACGAGCACUCCCAGGGGCACCGUCAAAACAUUGCCCUCGACGCCAGCUUGGACAAGCCGAGCGCCGUCGAUAGCUGCCAGUGGUGCGACUACCCCAAGGAGACCGUCACAGCUCAACGGCACGGCGACACCGAGAAGACCAUCACAGCUCAACGGCACCUCGAAACCUCCAGCCAAGACGCCAGCUAGGCCACCGCUACCAAAGGCUCCGUCCACCGCCACUUCAGUCGCGUCUACGGCACCCAAGAAGCUACCGAUUCAGCCAAAGACGGGAUCGAGCACCCCUGGCACAGCAACACCCAAGCUAAAACCAAAUUCAGCUGUCUCUAGCACGAAGAAGCCUCUGUCAACGACAAGCGCAGCAGCCAAGCCCGCCGCCACGAAACCCAACAACUCCAAACCUAUGUUUCCUCUGAACAGUCAACCUACAACUAAAUCCUCUAAGGCCAAGAAUGACAACACAAAGCCAAUGCUUCCAGUCAACAAGCAGUCUCCGGCUAAGCCAACUACGAAGCUGGCGCCAAAACCGAAGGUCGUCAACGGUGGUACCAUCAAAGCCCCGGCGAAGACAGCACCAUCCAGCAGACCUACCCCUGCGACGAAGACGGCGACACCAGCCACGACGAAGCCGCCGGCGCCAGUCAGCAAAACGCCGGCGAAGCUGGGUGUCAAUGGAGCUGCAAAGAAGCCCCCAACAAGCCCAACACUCAACUCGACAUUCGCUUGGCAGCCCACCCUCGAGGCCGAACCCGCCCAGUCCAUCCUGCUCUACCCGCGCUUCCCGAAGGCCGUGGCCACCACCUUCUCAGGCAAGUGGCGAGCCCAAUUCAAGCCCGUUGUGGCUCUCGCCUCGCUCGAGCAAUUGCGCAAGAUGUCCAACACCACUGUGACUUGCAUCGGUGGGGAUCCGGAGGCCUUCAAGGAGAUUCUUGACUGGAUGCUGAGUUGUUGUGAUGGUAAGGGCAUCAAGGAGUUUCCGAAGGAGAGAGGAUUCAGGGAGAAGCCGUUUGUGCGGUUGGUCUGGUUGCGCGAAGCCGCACUCUAUCUCCAGAUCCCCUCUUUAGUCACCACCUUCACCGCCCGCCUCGAAGCCAUCGCCGCCGCCCAGAUCCACACCGAAGAUAUUCGCGUCCUGUACGCAACCCUGCCACGCGAUCACGAGCUGUUGAAGUGGAUCGCACGCGAUAUCGGAGAGCGCUGGGUGGUCAAGGAGUUGAAGCCGCUGAGGGCGAAAGGGCCGCUGAAGACGUUGAUGGCGGAGUGUAAGGAGUUUGGCGAGGACGUUGAGAAGGUGAUUGAGGAGUGGAAGGCGAAGAAGCAGCUGGAAGCGGAAGCGGAGAGCGUUGCAGUCGGAAAUGGAGAUGGAGAGGGUGUUGGCGAUUUGGGACAGGGUGGCGGCGGUGGUGAGGACGGUGUCGAGGAGGACUUCGUGGGCGGAUUCGCAUUCACAUGGAACUGA